AUGUCAUGGACCACACACUUCCUAUAUCUUUGUGACUGGUACAUCCACCUCCUCUGCACUUCACCCACCAAAAGCAUCCACUUCCACGUCUUUGAUAACAUCACCUCCAACCUCGACAACGUCCACAACAUCCUCAAGACCAAGUUCUACAACUACUCUAAUGGCACGCCUUUCUCUACUCUCCGGCAAGCAAUAUUCUCCUUCGACAUCAUAUGCAAAUUCUCAUUUGAAAUAGACACCGAGUACUUUAUUCCUUCUUUUCUGGAGUCCAAGUUGGCAGACAGCUUCGACCUCGCAUCCAAGAUAUUACAACGAGCAAUGUCGCCGUUGCCGUUCAUAUGGAAACUGAAGCGAUUACUGAACAUUGGUUCGAAGAAGAAUAUGAAGGAAGCGAUCGAAGUGGUGGACAAUGUGGUCAUGGAGAUGUUAGGACAGAGGAGGAGAGAGAUGGCAACGAUGACGACGAGUCUUAACAAAUUAGACUUGCUAUCUGGAUUCAUGGGAUCCAUCGAAGAUGAAAACUAG